GUUGUAACACGGAAGGCGUUACAGUAAGGAGAACUCACUGUAUAAAUACCUCUGGAUAAGCUGUGCAAUAUGUCAGGCCUAAAAACACUUACAGUGAAUGGCAAUAUACAAGAACUGCUGCUUGACAUCAGUGAAAAUAUAUCGCAGGAUGAAGUCCAUGCCAUGAUCUUCCUGUGUGAAGGGAAAAUUACAACCCAGGAUAAAGAGGACAUCAAAUACGCCAGGCAGCUAUUCCAUUGCCUACAGAAGAAAGGGCACAUAACUCAGGAGGAUUUGUCAUUUCUAAAAGAGCUGCUGUACAGAAUUAAGAGAAUAGACAUACUUACCAGUAAACUGGGAACAACAAAAGAGCAAGUGGAAACAGAUCUUAAACAUUGUGUACAUAUCUCUGAAUACAGAGCACAGCUUUAUUACAUUUCCUUGGAACUGUCAAACAAACAAAUUGAAGAUCUGAAGUUCUUGCUGAAACUGAAUCGAGAAAUAUCAAUGUUAGAAAUACUAUUAAAAAUGGAAAAAGAGGGGAGCCUGAGUCAAACCAGUCUUGGGAAGCUAAAAGAUCUUUUAACACAUUUAAAUCGUUUGGAUCUAGUAAAGAAAAUAGAAGCACUUGAAGGUAAUUAUAAAUAUGUAACGGAUCUGGAAUCUUCAUUAAAGAAGAUGUCUGUAGCAGAAAAGGAAAAGGGUCCAGGAGACAGCUGAAGAUCCACCAGUCACUGACACAAAGGCCACAACUGAUACUUAUGGAAUAUCAAUUGAUUCACUGCACAUGAGCCAGAACUUAUCAAAGGACUUGUUUAUAAUCUUGUAAUUUCUCAUAUUGAGCCUCUUCUUCAAUGACACAGUAAUCACAGGUUGAGCUGCAGGGUUUUUUGACCAUGUCCUGAGACCAGAGUGGACAGUUGAAACAAAUAUUUCAAAACAGCUUAAAGGAGAAGGAAAGGCUUGGUGCACUUGGGGUGCCAAACGUUAGGAAU